AUGAGCAACUCAACUGAUUCCUCUGGGUUCCUUGGCUCCAAUGGCAUUAGUGGCUUUGGAAUGGGAAUAGGAAUUUCAAUUGGAAUUCUUCUUCUCAUUACAACCAUCACACUCACUUCUUACUUCUGCACAAGGGCACAGAUGCCAACUGCCCCAGCUCCUAGGAGAAGCAUUACUACUAUCUCUGAAUACCUUGAGCCACAACACACAACAAUUGAUGUUGGGCUAGAUGAGGCCACAAUUAUGGGCUACCCAAAAAUGUUGUAUUCUGAAGCCAAGCUAAGGAAAAGUGAUCAUACAGCAACAUGCUGCUCUAUAUGUCUUGGAGAUUACAAAGGUUCUGAUUUGCUUAGGGUUUUGCCUGAUUGUGAGCAUCUCUUCCAUCUCAAGUGCAUAGACCCUUGGUUGAGGCUUCAUCCUACUUGUCCUCUCUGUAGAACUUCUCCAAUUCCAACACCUCUCUCAACGCCUCUGGCUGAAGUCGUCCCAUUAGCAACCAGGCGAGAUUAA